UCUUCAAUAUGGCGGAUAUUUCGGUCGUAUCCGGGGACAUCUGUACCAAGCUCGGAGAAGGACCAACUUGGGAUGCAGCUACGCAAAAAUUAUUUUUUGUGGACGCCUUAGCCUACAGUGUGCAUGUGUUAGAUGUUGAAACGGGAAAGGCUAAAAAUUAUCAGCUGGAUGGAAUAGUUGGAUGUGUUGUUCCCAGAAAGAGAGGUGGUUCUGUUAUUCUGGCAUGUGAGAGGACUGUAAGGUUUUUAGAUCUUGAGACUGGGCAGCAGGAAAUAGUUGCUACAGUUGACGAAGAUAAACCAGAAAAUCAUUUUAAUGAUGGAAAGUGUGAUCCAGCAGGAAGAUUUUGGGUUGGCACAAAAGGCCGGGAAACAGGUGCAGGAAUUCUCCCUCCUGAGCAAGGGUCUCUGUUUUCACUCAAUGGUGACAGAAAGCUUACAAAGUGGAUAGAUAAGAUAACAAUAUCUAAUGGCAUGACAUGGAGCCUGGAUAAGAAGACAUUUUAUUACAUAGACACAGUGACUAGUAAAAUUGAUGCUUUUGAUUAUGAUCAUGAAACUGGGGCCAUAUCAAAUCGCAGAACUGCAGUGCAGAUUGAUCCAGCGCUUGGGUAUCCAGAUGGUAUGACAAUUGAUUCAGAAGGAAUGCUUUGGGUAGCCAUGUAUGAUGGAUGGAAAGUAGUGAGUUUCAACCCAGUCUCUGGUGCAAUGCUUAGAAAAGUAGAUAUGCCUGUUGCCAAGGUGACAUCUUGUUGUUGGGGUGGACCAAAUCUAGAUGAACUAUUUGUUACAUGUGAAAGCUUGAGGUUAUCUCCAGAGGAAAGGAAAUCUCAACCUCUGGCUGGUUCUGUAUUCCGAAUUAAGAAUCUUGGGACAGGUGGAUUACCAGCUAAAGCAUUUGAUGGUUGAAAAGAGUGCACUAAUUUUUAAAUAUCUUAUUCAUCUGAUUAAAUGCCACCCUUGAAUAAAGCCACUUUGACUAAAUGCUUCAUUUUAAAGAAGACAUAUUAAUAAAUGUGGCCCUCAAAUAAAUGUUGCAUCAUGAUGUGGCAUUUAUUCGAAUAAAAUACUCAAAAAUCACACAACAAUCAAUGAUUCAAUUGCAAUUAGAAAUUUUGAGUGAACCAGACACAAAUCCUUUUGAAUGCACCAGUCCUGAUGUUGAGAAAGUAUAUCCAACAUUAGUUCUGUAUUCACUUUUUGUAUUGCAGUAGUUAUAUUAACAUGCAAAUUGUGAAAUUGAGAACAGAAGUAGAAAAGCAUGGUGAGUUUCCUAGGGUUUCAGGGAAACCACAUUAUUUUACAUUGAGAGGAGAUAUUCCACUUGAUAAAGGAGUAAUCACAAUCAUUUAUUCAAAACUUUUGUGGCAAAAUGAAACUCAUUUGAGAGAGACUAAAUUGUGCUAAACUAGACUUGUACAUAUGCAAAUGAACACUCACAUGUUGGAGUAUAAAUAAUGCAAUUUUAGUCCAGUUCAUUGUUCAAAGGGUGCACAUCUGGUUUGAAUUUUUUAAAAAAUUAACUAAAAUUUUAAGGAUAUUAAUGAAAAAUUAUGAAAUAAAUAUUUAAUUCAAAUCCCCCUUCUCAAAUCACUAAUAAGUAUGUAAUUGGUUUUUAAUCAAAUUAUAAAUAACUGUGAUUUGGCAUCCCUUCAGUUUUCAUGCAUUAGGAGUCUUUACCCUUUAACCCCUGAGUGACUAGCAUCUUAUUUCUCCCAACAGUUUAACCCCUGCAUCACACAGUAAGGUCAUGAGAAUAAAGGAAAUGAUCACCAACUAACUUUUCUCUUGAUCAAUAAACAAAUUCUCCUUGUCAGCACCUUAGGAAUUAUAUAGAGAAUAGUAUGGAGAAUAUGCAUACUGAUGUUAGGGUGUAAAGGGUUAAGUAUCACAUACACAUACACAGACACAUGAUCAGUUUAACAACUUCUUUGUCACUCUCUAAUCUGUGGAAGAAGCAGUGGAAAAGCCAAUGCUUUCAAAGCUAGUUGUCUCACUCUUUCCGCUCUUGUUGCACACCUUUUUAAUGUAAACCAGUCUGGUUACAAUUAGAAACAUUUGGAAUUCACAAUCCACCUUUAAUCAUAUAUCUUUUAUUAUCACAACAUAACUUUGUUUCUGUACUCCAAAAAUUCUAAGAACAAUUAACUUGUCAUAAAACUAUUCAACAACAGUGGAAAAUUAGCUUCUAUAUACAUGCCUGGAAAUUCAUGUCUGAACUUAUGUUUACAUGUAAAAAAAUCAGUUUAUGACAUGUUGGGAAAAUAGCCUGGCAUGUAAUUUAACAAGGUGUUUUAAUACUAAUAAUUUAGUUUGUGCUGGGUACCACUUAAUUCUCAUCUAAAAGAUAACCAAGAUAAUUAGAUAAAACAUUUUUAUUGUUUCUACCAUCUCCAGCCUUCUCACUCAUGAAUGCUUACUUUUUUCAAGCUGUUACAACUUGAGACUUGGUGUUACUUGCUUGAAGCAAAACAAAUUCUUAUAGAAAAACAUUAAAUUAUGCCACAGAUCUGUUUGAAAAUCAUUGAAAGUUACCUAACCAUACUAUCUUCUGCAGAUACUGUUAGUAAAAUUAAUCCAUGUACAAUGUGCAUGUACUUAACUUACAUUGUGGUUAUUUGCCAAUUGCAUUGGCAAAUAUUCUAAUGAUGUAAUGUUUUACAAUUGAAAAUAAGUGUUACUGCCUUGGAGCUAUAGGCACUCCAAACAUGAGAAAGCUAGUGGGUAAAACUCCCCUUAGGGUGAAAGCAUCAACAUUUCUUUUCUUGAAACAACAAACUAAAAAGACCUUCACAACAUAUUCAAACUAUAGUCACAUUAAAUGUCUAAUGACAACGUUUUAGAGAAAUUAAUUCUUGUAUUCUUCUUUAUCUUCAUUUGGUGAUUAUGUCCAAGCAGAAAAUCAAUCACCAGUGAUCAUUCAGCUGAGUGAUGGGGAAUUUUUUUGCAGCAAGGCCACAAAAUCUCUAGUUACUGGCAAGGGCACAUUAGGGUCAAUGUGAACGUCGAGAAACAUCUUGCGUUCCCAUGGUGGCAUCAGGACACCAAGGGUGACUCGCAUCUCUUGCACCU